CUCAAAGAGUAUAGAUUAGAUCAUCCUCCUCCUCAGAGGCGAUGUUGUUUAGUGGUGGUUCAGUAUUAAUAAUGCCCAGCAGCUUCUGCUCUCCCCUCACUCUUCUUCCUAUGAAACUCUCUCCCGCAGCAAUUCGAUCCUCAUCCUCUUCCGCCGGGUCGUCGUCGAAUUUCGAUCUGAGGACGUAUUGGACGACUCUGAUCACCGAGAUCAACCAGAAGCUGGAUGAGGCCAUACCGGUCAAGCACCCUGCCGGGAUCUACGAGGCUAUGAGAUACUCUGUCCUCGCACAAGGCGCCAAGCGUGCCUCUCCUGUUAUGUGUGUGGCGGCCUGCGAGCUCUUCGGUGGCGAUCGCCUCGCCGCUUUCCCCACCGCCUGUGCCCUAGAAAUGGUCCACGCGGCUUCGUUGAUACACGACGACCUCCCCUGUAUGGACGACGAUCCUGUGCGCAGAGGAAAGCCAUCUAACCACACUGUCUACGGCUCUGGCAUAGCCCUUCUCGCCGGUGACGCCCUCUUCCCUCUCGGCUUCCACCACAUUGUCUCCCACACGCCCCCUGAACUUGUUCCUCGAGCCACCAUCCUCAGAGUCAUCGCUGAGAUUGCCCGCACCGUCGGCUCCACUGGUAUGGCUGCAGGCCAGUACGUGGACCUUGAAGGAGGCCCCUUUCCUCCUUCCUUUGUUCAGGAGAAGAAAUUCGGAGCCAUGGGGGAAUGCUCCGCCGUGUGCGGAGGCCUCUUGGGCGGUGCCACUGAGGACGAGCUCGAGAGUCUCAGAAGGUACGGGAGAGCCGUCGGGAUGCUCUAUCAGGCAGUGGAUGACAUCACCGAGGAGAAGAACAAUGGAGCAGGGAAGGCAAUGGAGAUGGCUGAAGAGCUCAAGGAGAAGGCCAAGAAGGAGCUUCAAGUGUUUGACAACAAGUAUGGAGGAGGAGACACACUUGUUCCUCUCUACACCUUCGUUGACUACGCUGCUCAUCGACAUUUUCUUCUUCCCCUCUGAAUUUUGGGCCUCUCUUUUCCAUAUGGGCCUUUCACCCUUCUAAUGGACCCUUGUGUGUUUUUUUAGCCCAUAGCUUCUUGGUCAUUUUCGCUACAUGUCAUUAUCAUUUACUUGCAUACUAAAACCAAGUUAAUUUAUAGCAAUCUAUACUAUGUAUUUAUUUAUUUUGACCAAAAUAGCGAAAUUUUAAA